GUGGUUUGUGGUUUGUGGUUGUCGAAAACCCAGCACGCGCGCCUGUCUCUGUCCUCGAAUUUCUGUCGAAUGAAAACGAAAGACAUCUUCGAAUAAAUCUAAACAAAGAGCCAUUUUAAUACCUGCGCUGCAUUUGAUAUGCCAAAAUAAUAUAUAAAGAAGAGAUAUCUACACAAUUUAAAAAAAGAUUGAGAAAGCCGAGAUUUUAUAGCCGAGGAGAAAGAUUGUGUGUGUGCAGAAGAAAUUAAAAUGGAGCUGUUUAGGAAAAGUGAUUAAGGAUAAAAGAAAUAUCUAGUGCAGCCAAAUGGAAAUAAAGAUGGGCGACUCGUUGGACACCAUUACGAUGAGUCGUGGAUGUAGAUUGGUCGGUCGGUGCUGCUGGUGGGAACAGAGCUUAUCCGGUUCGACUAGCUGCGCCCCACCAAACUCGUGAACCAUGUUAGUCGAUUCAUAGCAAUGUGAGUAUGAAAGUACACGCGAGGAGAAAAGUGGUAAUACACGACAGAGGCUCGCCAAAGUCACAUUCUCGCUAUCGAGACCAAAGGACAAGGAUCAAACAAGUUCGUCGCAUCAAACAACAACGUUCCGUUCAGUUCAUUUGUGUUUUAUAUGAUUCGAUUUCGUGUAGUGAACAAUUUAUUUUUGACUUCCGAUCGCGAUUUUUUUACUUUGUAUUGUGAAAACAUAUAUUUGUAUAUUGUGUAAAUACUUUAAUAUAAAAAAAAGACAUGCCAUCAUUUCAUGACGAUUUUGUCACGGGAGAACCGUCGAAUCUCAGCAAUCUCGCGAACAUGAUGUCGCAUUAUAACCAAGCGAACUUUAGCGUUACAUAUCGCCAUCAACAACAACAGAUCGCGAAUAAUCAACAACAGCAACAAUUAAUAAUGCAGCAAGCGCAGCAGCAAACACCGAUGCAACAGGUUCAACCGCAUACCGCGGCCGCGGUUGCCGCCGCCGUCAUUGACGGGAGCCACUGGUAUGGAUAUUCUCCUAGACCCAUACCGGCAACACCAGCCCUGCAUCCGCAGCAUCAGCCGAACGCACACACGCACACAAUUCCUUCACAGUUUUUUAAUCAUGCCGAGAUGCUCCCUGGAUGGCCUUACUCACCUCAUUACUCGCAAUAUAUACAAUAUCAACACCAACAACUGCAUCAUCUUCAACCGCAAUCACAACAGCAGCCAAACUUGGUACAGCAGCGCAUCCAGCAGCGUUCGUUGCUAGAUGAACUUAAUGGCCAACAUUCCUCGCCGGAGCAGAAUAUGCAACAACAUUCGCCAGCUCAGCAACUGUAUUCGCAACAUUCAUCGCCGCAACAAAAUAUGCAACAACAUUCGCCAACCCAGCAAAUCUGUCCGCAACAUUCAUCACCGCAUCAAAACAUGCAGCAACAUUCGCCAUCUCAACAACUCUGUUCGCAGCUCUCGUCACCACAACAGAAUAUGCAAGAACAUUCGCCCCCUCAACAAAUCUGUUCGCAACAUCCGUCGCCGCAGCAGAAUAUGCAGCAAAGUUCACCACCUCAGCAACAUUAUCAGCAGCAUUCGUCACCGCAACAACAUAUACAACAAAUUUCGCCACCGCAACAACAGUGUCAGCAUCAUCCGUCACCGCAGCAUCACGUUCACCGUGGUCAACGUGUUUCGUUAUCCAAACAACAACUUCAAGAAUACUCGCAACAAUCGUUUGAAAAUUCUUAUAGACAACAGAUAUUACAUGAGUGGGGUAUGAGACACGAGAAUGGCGGAAUGCCGAUCUUAAAUCCACAUCCAUCAAUAUCCAUCAGGCUAAACAGUGUAAGUGACAAUAUAAACAAUGGUGUAGAUAGUAGUAUGAGCGGCAGUAAUAGCACGUUAUCGCCUACUAAUCCAAAUGCGAUGUACGAUGUGGAUGUACCGUGUACCUCUGGAAAUAUCAACUUGCCGUCGACAUCAGCAGCCAUACCAUCUACAUCAAGAGAAAUGUCGGUCAUACCAUCUACAUCGAGAGAAAUGCCGGCCAUACCAUCUACAUCGAGAGAAAUGCCGGCUAUACCGUCUACAUCGAGAGAAAUGUCGGCCAUACCAUCGACAUCAAGAGGAUUGCCGUCUAGACAUCAACCAUACACUUCCAGAAUCGCGCAUGGAAGAAGAAGUCCCUACGAGUGGAUGAAGAGAUCAUCGUACCAAAGUCAACCGAAGCCAGCGUGCAACGCUGCUGACAAUGCGGAAUCGCCUUCGCCAAUUAACGAACUCUGCUGUCGACUUGAAACUCUCGGAAAAACUCGCACAAAAGACAAAUAUCGCGUGGUUUACACCGACUAUCAGAGACUGGAGCUUGAAAAAGAGUUUCAUCUGAGCCAUUACAUCACUAUCAAACGCAAAGCUGAGCUUGCUCUUCAGCUCAAUCUCACGGAACGACAAGUGAAAAUCUGGUUCCAAAAUCGACGGGCGAAGGAGCGGAAGCAGGUGAAGAAGCAAGAGGAACAACGGACGAGGGAACAGUUGAGGCAGCAGACAACGGCGCAGGUAGUCGCCGCCGCCGCAAACGCAAACGUUGUGGAUGCGACGGCCGGCGGAAUGGCGAGUUACGCCGGAGGAGAGAUGGGAGGGAUGCUGGGCGGUCUGAUGCAGGCCAACGGCGGCGGCUCCUCUUCAUCGAUGGCCAUGCCGAUGCCUAUAUCGCAGGCAGCACCUCACCUGUCAUCGUUGCCCGUGUGGAUGUCCGCAUCACCAUCCACAUCAUCCGCGCAACCUUCGCAACCCGUACCUUCGCAGCCCUUACCGCAAUCCUUAUCGCAGCCCUCGUCCCUUUCGCAACCUGCAUCUUUAUCUGCGUCUAUGCAUCCGUCAUUACAACCGUCGGAAAUAAUAGCUUUGAAUACAGUGCUCAAUCCACCGCACUCCACACCGUAAUACAAUCUAAUUCCACAGUGUCGAGUGUCGAGCGAGAAGAACGCUAUAUCAUCCUCGGAAGGAUGAAUGGACUAAUAAAUGGUAACUCCUCCGAGCAAAGAUAAUGGGUGGAAAAGGGGUGGUGAUGAAAAUAAAAUAGCCCAUUGCUUUGUUCGAAUUACCGAAUUUUAUUUAAGUGAAGUCAAAAUAAUUUGUGAUCGAAUGAGCGAAUGGAACAGCUCGUAUCCAUCAGUACAUUCUCCAUCGGUCUGUGAUAAGCGACUUAGAUCAACGAAUCGUUCGUGGAUUUAUAUAUACAUAUAUAUAUAUGUAUACAUAUAGAUUGAUAGAUGUAAAUAAUAUAGAAAUAUAGAUACAUGUAUAAAGAUAGAUAUGUAGAGAUUAUAACUAGAUAAACGAUUUGAUCUCAUUAAUUUUUUUGACGUCCACGUAUCCACGACGAUUCUUGUUGACGUGAGUCGCAUCUCGUUUCUAUUAGCAAAAUUUAAAAUUUAACCAUAACAAAUAAAAUUUUACAACAAUUUACAACAUGUUUCCAAUGCAUACUAAAAUCUAACUUGCGAAAAUAUUUAAAAUCUGUAUAUAAAUAGGAUAAAUUAUUAGAGAUUAUUAUGAUAAUUA